UGGGCAUCCAAACCGGACUCGAUAGCAGUCACAGCGGUCGCUGUGAUUGAACUUCUCCUAAACCCUAACCUUCUGAAAACUCAAUCGUCCGCCAUGGCUCUACUUCUCCAACUCAGAACGAGAACCAAAAUGAAUGCCUUCACAAGCCCUUCUAUCUUCCAUUACUUCUCUACCUUCAAUUCCAACGACGAUGAUCCCGAUUCUACCACUGCUUCCUCCGACGAUCCUCCUUCUACAAACACUGAUUCUCCCUUCUCUUCCUAUUUCAGCGAUGUCAAGAGGGCCCUGAAAGAGGGCAGUUCCUCUUCCUCGUUCACUUCGAGAAAUCCCUCAAAUUCAUCUUCUGCUGCUUCCGGUUUCACUGCACCGAGGCCGUAUAGAGCUGCAUCGCUUGAUGAAAUCCGGAAGAACCUGUCCGAGUUCCGGCGUCGUCACCCGAGCUCAGAUUCGACGCCUCCGUCUUCACCUCUCUCGAAUCAAAUCUCAUUGCAGGAGAUCUAUAGGAGAAACAUGGCUGGAAAACCGGGUGAAUCGACGCCAAAUGCUGAUUUGAAGCCUCGUAAAAUUGGAGGAAGACUUUCUUUCGAUGCGAUUCGUGAAAGCGUGCGGAAUAGAGUGCAGAAUGCUGCGCUCUCUGGAGGUGACAUGAAAGACGGGGAGCUAUCGUCGUUAUCGGCAUUUUCCCAGAGUUUAAGAAAGGAGCCUUCAGACUCCACUGGUUCUCGGACAUCGUCGACGUUAUUUGGGGGGACUGGUGAAUUGCCAGCGUCGGUUUUCGGCAAGGAGUUGAGGGAGAAAGAGAGAAGGGAGGGAUCCGAUGAAAUGAAGAUGGAGUUUCUGAAGACAUACAACUAUGAGGAAUUAGGAGAGAAAUUGAGAAAAUUGAGGCCGAAGCCAAAAGGAGGGGACUGGUUUUCUUUGAGGGAGUUGAAUGAUAGGUUGGUGAAAUUGAGGGAAAUGGAAGAGGAGGAGAAUAAGCAAUCACCCAGAUCUUUUAAUAAGGAACUUAGAGACAUCAUGAUUCAAAUGAAGGUUAAUGAGAGCCAGGAAAAGAAAAGUAUAUUCCAGAGACUUGAUAUCUUGGGUGAGCUGGGCCGGACUCCAAGCUUCAUGCUGCAACCUCCUAAAGAGAAUCUUGUUGAGAUGUACUUCCAUCCAGAUAACAUGUCUUCAGCUGAAAAGUUGAAAAUUGAGCUUGCAAGAGUGAGGGAGGAGUUUAAAAUGUCCGAGUCAGAUUGUGGAUCAUCUCGUGUUCAAGUUGCACAACUCACAAUUAAGAUUAAGCAUCUGUCAUCAGUUCUACACAAGAAGGAUAAACAUUCUCGUAAAGGCUUGGUAGCUAUGGUUGAGAAGAGGAAAAGUUUACUGAAAUACCUCAGAAGAACUGACUGGGAUUCCUACUGUUUGGUGAUUUCCAAGCUAGGUUUGCGUGAUAAUCCCAAUACGAAGUACUGAAGAAAUGGCAUUUUCGUUUAGGUUAGUAUGAGAAUGGGAAUAGUAUCAGUCAGCCCCACAGCCUGUUUGAAAUUUUGUGGGAGAGAUGAAUCACAUGUUGGCUUUUUAAUCCUAUGGGAAACUUUUUGCUUAGUUAUAUUCUUUGGAUAGAUGUGCAGUUUUAAGGCCCUUAGUUUUUCAUUUACAGACAUGUUUGUGAAUUGUUGAUCAGAUGAGUCAUGAGAUAGCCUUCAAAAUUGGGCGGGCAUGUUAGUUUUUCAUUGACAGACAUGUUAGUUUUUUUGCAACUUUUUUUUUUUUAAAAUAAUAUUAUGCCCAGUUUACCCUUU